AUGCAGGAGGUCACUCAAGGCUACGCGCAAGACCCCAAAACCCAACAAUUGAUCACACAGUUGGCACUGGCGCCCAUAGCGGAUGGCAAGUUCACGUUCAAUCAAGGGAUCCUCUGGUUCAAAGGAAGAGUGUGGCUGGGGAAUAAUCAAAAGAUGCAAACACAAAUCAUGAGAGCUAUGCACAACAGCGCGUUAGGGAGGCACUCAGGGUUCCCCGCGACUUACAACCAGAUCAAGCAACUUUUUACGUGGCCAAGCAUGAAAGCGCAGAUCAAGGCACACGUGCAGGCAUGCCACAUUUGCAAGCAGGUGAAACCAGAUAGUUCACCGUACCUGGGGUUGUUGCACCCUUUGCUUGUGGCCAAACGAUGCUGGGACAUCGUGUCGCUCGACUUCAUCGAGGGGUUGCCAGCAUCUGGGAGAACAAACUGCAUUCUGGUCGUGGUUGACACGUUCUCCAACUAUGGAGACAUCCUUUCAGCAACAAAUUAUUUCGCUGAUUCCAACUUGCUUGGACGUGGAGGUUUUGCGCUCAUGUAUGGCAUACUGGAAGGUGGAAAUGGGGUUGCUGUGAAGAGGCUUAGUCAGAGUACCGGACAAGGUAUAGUGGAGUUUAAAAAUGAAGUAAUUCUAAUUGCGAAGCUGCAGCACAAGAACCUAGUCAGACUUCUUGGAUCGUGCAUUCAUGAAGAUGAGAAGUUACUGAUCUACGAAUACUUACCUAACAAAAGCUUGGAUGCUUUUCUUUUUGAUGCUUCACGGAAACAUGUGCUUGAUUGGUCGACACAGUUCAAAAUAAUUAAAGGAAUAGCAAGAGGUCUUCUUUAUCUCCAUCAAGAUUCAAGAUUAACAAUAAUUCAUAGAGAUCUCGAAGCAAGCAACUUCUUGUUGGACACAGAAAUGACUCCCAAAAUUUCAGAUUUUGGUAUGUCAAGAAUUUUUGCUACAAACCAAAACCAAGCAAACACUACCCAGGUCGUUGGGACAUAUGGGUACAUGUCGCCUGAAUAUGCGAUGGGAGGUGCUUUUUCUGUAAAAUCAGACACAUAUAGCUUCUGUGUUCUUCUCUUAGAGAUUGUUAGUGGCUUGAAGAUCAAUUCACCUCAGCUCAUAACAAACUUUUCUAGCCUUAUCACUUAUGCAUGGAGAUUGUGGGAAGAUGGAAACGCAAUUGAACUUGUGGACUCUUCCUUUGUUGCAAGUUGCCAACUUCAAGGAGUUCUGUGUUGUAUUCACGUGGGACUCUUGUGUGUUCAGGACCAUGCUAGGGAUAGGCCACUUAUGUCACCGGUUAUGUUUAUGUUAGAGAACGAAAGUGCACCGCCCGCUCCAAAGCAACUUGUAUAUUUUGCUCUAAGUACUUGCGCAGAAGAAGGAAGGGAGAUUACAACAAAUUCAGUGAAUACAGUGAGUAUCACAACAGUUGAUGGACGUUAG